AUGUAGCUGAAGACGAAUUUUUUUUUCCAUCUAGCUGGUUCUAUGUCUAGACCGAGACGCUAGACCCACCACGCAUACGCCCGUACCCCGACCCGCACACACAAGAUGGCUGCUGGCAUGACAGACAAGAAGACGCAGGCCGUGGCGACGAGCUCGAAGAACAGAAGAGCGAGAAAGAAGCGGAGAACGGAGAUCUCCUCGAGCGAGGAGGACAGCAGUGACGCCGCAGACAGCAGCAGCAGUGACGACGACGCCCAAGACGGCGACGACGCGGGACACGACUCUGCCGCCGACCAGCAGCACGUCUCCGCGGGGCUGCACGCAGAACAGGACGCCGGGGCGGAGAUCGACCAUUUGCGUGUCCGGACCAGGGCCCCGGCGCCCGCUGACGAGAAGACUGCUGCCGACCUGGUGCAGACGAGGUUGAAGCUGCGCCAGAUGCAGGACCUGCUUGUUGCCGACGGCGACUCCGCUGGCGACGCUGACGGCGCCGCCGGCACCGUCAGCUCCGACGCCUGGCUCCAGCUGAUGCUCUCGCAGUACGGCGACGACAUCGACGCCCUGCGGACGGGCGCCGGCGACUUCCGUGCUGAGAGCGUUACGCUUAUUGCAGAGCUGCUCCGGGCCACCAAGGACGUCUUCCGGGAGGUGUAACAAGAGGCCCCGAGGGGUGUGGGUGUGUUUCCUCGGCGCAGCCGUGCCGCCCAAACACAACACGCUGCGCCGUCGCGCCGAUUUCCGUUUGCGGUGACGGGCAGUGCUGUGGGACCGUUUUCUGUCCGUGGUUGGGCCGAGACGAGGCGUGUUCUGUCGCAGGAGCUGGUGCCCGUCCUUGGCGCCUCCUGCUGCUUUCCAUGACGCCUCCUUCUCCUGGGCUGGACGGCGCAGUUGGGCAACGGCUGGUUUU